AGAGGGUGGAACGCAGACAAAUUGUUCUCAGCUUCUCAGCUGAUUUCAGAACGUACUGUUACAACUUACUAUACGUAUCCAGUGUUAAAUGUUUAGUUUACUCCCCAUUUGCUUAUUGUCAAUGGAAAUACGUUUAAGAUGGCGUCGCUCAUUGACAACUAUGAGCAACAAUACGCCGUUUUGACAGCUGACGUUACUGCAAAAAUUGGUAGAAUAAGAACCCAAAGCGGCAAUGAGAAAAGAGCGUUCAUUCAAGAUGUGGACAGACAGAUCGAAGAAGCUCAAGAACUGCUCGAGCAGAUGGAAUUGGAAGUUCGUGGGGUGACUGGUGCAGCUCGCGAUCGAUUACGUGGUCGUGUAGAAAGUCACAGAGCAGAACUGAAACGAUUGACACAAGAAUUCCAAUUAGCGAAGAAGCCAAGAGACGAUAGUAUCGAAAUAAGCAGAGAAGAUUCUUGGGAAAACAAUAUCACAGAGGAUCAAAAGAAAAGAUUAUUGGAUACUUCUGAGCGAAUAGAUCGCUCUGGAAGAACAUUACAAAAUGGUUAUCGAAUGGUAUUGGAAACAGAAGAAAUUGGUGCUCAGGUAUUGAAAGACCUGCACGAGCAAAGAGAAACGAUCCAAAGAGGCAGAGGAAGGUUACGAGAGACAGAUGCGGAGCUAGGACGCGGUUCACGGUUACUAUCAGGAAUGAUACUAAGAAACGUUCAGCAAAGAAUUAUUUUAGCUGGAGUAGCGUUAACGCUUAUAAUUGUUGCUUGCGUGGUCGUGUACUAUAGCUUUAAAUCUAAAAGCUAAAUAUGCGAGUAGAUUGUUUUAUUGCUCGAGAUACGACUUGAAGUCCAUAUUUAUUAUCAGUGAGUUUUAGAUGUUAUUAUUCUCUUAAAUGCAAUGUCUGUUAGGUAAUAUUAUUAAAUUAUAAAUUGAAGAGAUGUCGUAACAUAUCCUUUUAUUGUUCUUUUUACUUGUUUGGAUCAUUGUAUAUUACUAUAAUUUAAACAGUCUAUACUUCUAAUUUUUAUAUACUCUGUUUCAUAUUAAAUUUCUACCGAUUUCGUAUGACGCAUUAAGAAAUGCUUAAAUUUCAUAUAUCGGUCGUCGAACAGACGAAAAUAUAAUGUGUUAUUAGUAAUAAAAAAAAAAAAUUUGACCUGUCCUAUUAUAUCAGCAAACGCUGCUAACAAGCAUCUAUUAAAAAGUUUAACGAUAUUUCUAAUCAACUUCGCUACGAGUUGUUCAUUACGCAAUUUAUUGUUUUGCAUCUCCCGCACGUGUUCGAUCGCAUUUGAUAAUACGUAUGUACGGUUAUCCGACUAAUUAUUGUUAUUAAUAAAACUAUGCAUUUAUA